GCUUACGAAGAUGUAACUGCUCUGCCUGCCACAGCAACUCGGCAGAACAGAGAGAGAGGGGGGGGAACAAGGGAGGGACACACAAAGAAAGAGAGAGGUAGAAAGACGCCUUGCCGUUUUGUGGAUUCUCUCUCCCGUGGUAAACAGAAGCCCCAUUGGACUGAAGAGGAAGACUUAGGCUACAACUUCUGGACUGGUGCUUGGGAGAGGGCGAGCAGCAGCACCUGAAGAGACGCACCGGAGCAAGUACAGCAGGUCUCUUUUGGAUCUCGACAACACCUGAACAUCCAACUUGAUCCCUUUUCUUAUCUAUCGUUCUACAUACCUUCGCCGCUCAGCAAAAGCGCCAGGACCCGGCUGAACUUCUACACUGAUUCUGAUCACUGACUCCACCCUAAGACCAAAGUGGAGGGACCCAACUGGGACUCUGCGUGGAUGGACUCCGCCACGGUGGCCUCUUUUAGAUGUGCUUCUCUCCCCUCGCUAUACUGCCGGACUGGCCCCGCACCCACCUGUACUCCCUGAGAGGCCUCAGCGGACCCUCCCCCCACCACCCUGGUGCCUCUGGGAUGGUGUGAUCAUUGCGGGAACCAUCGCUGACCUUAGAUCAGGGCCAACAUGCCGGUGAUGAAGGGCCUCCUGGCCCCCCAGAACACCUUUCUGGACACCAUCGCCACCCGCUUCGAUGGCACCCACAGCAACUUCCUGCUGGGCAACGCGCAGGGCCAUCGCGGCUACCCAAUCGUCUACUGCUCGGACGGCUUCUGCGAGUUGACGGGCUUCGCGCGCACCGAGGUGAUGCAGAAGAAGUGCAGCUGCCGCUUCCUGUACGGCAACGACACCAGCGAGCAUGUGGCCCAGCAGAUGGAGAAGGCCCUGGAGGGACGAGAGGAGUUCCAGACUGAGGUCCACUUCUACAAGAAGAACGGGACCUCUUUCUGGUGCCUACUGGACGUUGUGCCCAUAAAGAACGAGAAGGGGGAGAUGGUCCUAUUCCUCUUCUCAUUCAAGGACAUCACUGACAUACACGGCAAAGUGCAUCACAAGAAAGAAGAGGAUAAGAGGCGGAGCAGGAAGAGUGGCAGCUCUCACUUCAGCGAAGCCAGGAAGCGGGGGCGGACCAUGAUCUACCAUCUGACCAGCCAGUUCUCCAGAGGCGGCAAGAGAGAGGUCAACCUGGGCAGUAACAUGUUUGAGAAGCCCUCGUCCCUCCCGGAGUAUAAGGUAGCGGCGGUGCAGAAGUCCCGCUUCAUCCUGCUUCACUACAGCGUAUCCAAGGCAUUAUGGGACUGGAUGAUCCUCCUGGCCACCUUCUAUGUGGCGGUCACCGUGCCCUACAACGUCUGCUUCACGCCUUACGACGAGCUGGACACGGCCGCCCGCGCCACCAUCGUCAGCGACAUCGCCGUGGAGAUGCUCUUCAUCCUGGACAUCAUCCUGAACUUCCGAACAUCCUUUGUGAGCACGUCGGGUCAGGUGGUGUACGAGGCACGCUCCAUUUGCAUCCACUACGCCACCACCUGGUUCUUUGUCGACCUGGUGGCUGCACUGCCCUUUGACCUGCUCUAUGCCUUCAACAUCACUGUGACCUCCCUGGUCCACCUGCUGAAGACGGUUCGCUUGCUGCGGCUGUUGAGGCUUCUCCAGAAGCUGGACCGUUACUCCCAGUACAGUGCCAUGGUGCUCACCCUGCUCAUGUCCAUGUUCGCCCUGCUGGCCCACUGGAUGGCCUGCAUCUGGUACAUCAUUGGACGCAAGGAGAUGGAAAACAACGACCCAGACACCUGGGACAUAGGUUGGCUCCAUGAGCUGGGCAAGCGUUUGGAGACUCCAUACGCCAACAGCACACUGGGCGGACCCUCAGUACGCAGCUCCUAUAUCGCUGCCCUCUACUUCACCCUCAGUAGCCUCACCAGCGUGGGCUUCGGCAACGUGUGUGCCAACACUGACGCUGAGAAGAUCUUCUCUAUCUGCACUAUGCUCAUAGGGGCCCUGAUGCAUGCGGUGGUAUUUGGUAACGUGACGGCCAUCAUCCAGCGGAUGUACUCCCGGCGCUCCCUCUAUCACACGCGCAUGAAGGACUUGAAGGACUUCAUCAGGGUUCACCGUCUGCCCCAGCAGCUCAAACAGCGAAUGCUGGAGUACUUCCAGACCACCUGGUCCGUUAACAAUGGCAUCGAUGCCAACGAGCUCUUGCACGACUUCCCGGACGAGCUGCGGGCCGACAUCGCCAUGCACCUGAACAAGGACAUCCUGCAGCUGCCCGUGUUCGAGGGGGCCAGCCGUGGCUGUCUGCGCUCGCUCUCCCUCCACAUCAAGACCUCGUUCUGCGCCCCUGGCGAGUACUUGAUCCGGCAGGGCGACGCGCUCCAUGCUAACUACUUUGUCUGCUCGGGUUCCCUGGAGGUGCUCAAGGACAGCAUGGUGCUGGCCAUCCUAGGGAAGGGGGAUCUGAUUGGCUCCGACCUGCCGGGGACGGAUCACGUGAUCAAGACUAAUGCGGACGUGAAGGCGCUGACCUACUGCGACCUGCAGUACAUCAGUGUGCGGGCUCUAAGGGAGGUGCUGGAGUUCUACCCGGAGUACGCCAGCCUGUUCACCGCAGAUAUCCUCCACAAUCUCACAUACAACCUGAGAGAGGGCAGCGAGGCAGAGGGCCUGACAAGGUUCUCAAGGUCGCCCAGGCUUCCACACAACCGCCGAGGUUCCACAGAGCACAAGCUCCCGUCCAUCAUUGAGACAAAAGGAGGUCUCCACGACGACUCAGAUGAGUACUACCACCUGUCACCAGCGUCCCGCACCCGCCGCGCAAACCUCCUCUUGCCCAGCCUGAGCAGCCCCGUGCGCCGCACCUCCCUGGGCAACCUGCUGGGUGACGAGCUGAGGCAGUUCAAUGCCCUGCGCCGCUGCCGUUCGCCCAACCUGAGCCGGGGAGGCCUACCCCGGGGCCACAGCCUGUCUUCCCCACAGCCGCUGCAGAAAAAGGAGCACAGUGUCCCAGUGGCAGCCCCUGCUAGUCCCCCUACCUCAGGGGAGUUGGGAGCAGGGAGUCAGGGCCGCAAGCCCUCCAAGCUGCUGAUUCCCACUGUCAGCUGUUUUGUACCGCCGGACCUCAGUCCAAGGAUUGUCGACGGCAUCGAGGACAAUGGUCGCACGUUCCUCUUCAACAUGGAGCACAGUGGGCCCAAGGCCAGCACCACGGGACGUCCCAGCGAAGAUACUAGGCAGGUGAACGCCACUUUGCUUCUGGAGUCGGAAGAGGUUAGACAGAGCAUCAGUCAGCUCAACCAGAAGAUGGGCAACUUGAACAACGAAGUGUCUCAGCUGACCAAGGACCUCCAUCACAUGAUGCACCUUCUUCAGGCCCAGGUGGCUGUGCACCACUACACAGCCUCCCUGUCCUCCUCCUAUCCCUACGCCGUCCAAAUGGUCUCCAACCCCAACCCCACCGCCAGCACUGGCACAGCCUACAACCUGGCCCCCAGCAGCCUGCACCGCCAUCAGGACCCUGGGAGCAUGGAGGGGGGACACACGGACCCACUCCACCCUUGCUGGGGCUACAGUGAGGCUCCAGGGGGGAGCUGCCAGUCUAGCGCCACAGGGGGGGCACAGCCAGAGGGCCACUACCAGACCCAACCUCAGUCUUCCAGCCCAGGGCCCCCUAGCUUCUACCACGUGACAGACUCGGCGGCCGUGCCAGGACCCUGCCGGGGAUCUGGUAGAACCUCACCCCAUCCCUGGACUGGCCCUUCCUUGCUUAGCAUGAGCCCAACCUUACAGAGUGGUGGUAGCCCAGGCACGGCUCCCACUGCUGGGCAUGAGGACUUUGGCGACAGUCGCCCUGGCCUUGACACUAGCCCAGUUAGCAUUAGCCAGUCCCAACCCAGCUUGUGUCUGCAGCCGCCUAGCGGCGGUUUGAACAGCUGUCUGCUGUCUAGUGCUCCCACGUCUACUCACAGCCUCCUGGAUGCCAGCCCCAGCACCUACCCGCACAUCUACCUGGCCUCAGAACCCCUUUUACACCCUGCAAGGCCUACCCUGGGGGAACCUGCUGCAGUCCUGGGGCUUGACGGGGGUCCAAGCCACGACUUCCCCCAGCAAUACACAUCCACCUCCAGCCUCCUUAACGAGGACCUGCACAGUCUGUCUGUUCACUCCAGCCCUGGAACGGCCCCCUCCUUCCCCAGGCCAUCGUCCGUCUGUUCCCAGGACUCAGAGUCUCCUCCUAGGCAGGACAACUGCGCUCCUCCCCACAUCCCCUUGGGAGACUCGGCAGCGGUGGGACACACCAGUCUGGAGUGCCUGCUGGGGAAUGGGGGCUCCACGGAGAGCAGGGACAGCGAGAGCCCCGGGACCAGGUCGAGGAGAUCCAGCCUGGGAGUUCAGACUCAGUGCACAGAGCAGUCCUGGUGCCUGGACCUGACGGACUAGUACCCUUUACAUACAAGAGAAAAUAAAACAAAAUAUCUGGGCCAGAACACUAGGGUCUGCGCUGGCACGAUAGUGUGAAAAGGUUAUGCUUGGCCCUACAUUUGGCCCCAACAACUCAACCCCAACCACCAUCAUGGGGAACUAAAAACUGGACAGGGAACUGAACAAUCUUUACAAAGACAAGAAAAGUGGAUAUGUUACAGAGCAUUAUAGGUACUGUAGUACAUUGUGCAACACUACGGACGUGCACUUUUGAGUGUUCUUAAUGUGUGGCGUGUUUUCCCCCAUUUUAUGGGAUCACUUGUUAGUCCGCGUUCAAGCGACUUACAGCUUUACUAUGCAAACGCAUGUCAUUUUGUGCGUUAUCUUGGAUUUGAUAAAGUGUGUCCUUUUUAGAUUUA